ACCUCGUGUAGCUGGCACGGGCGGAAAUCCACCAGCGCCGGCACGAGCUCCCGGUGCUCCAGGGAUUCCACAAAGCUCUCCGCCGCUAAGGACUAUGCUGGUGCCGAGAACGGUGCCGCCGCUGCCAAGGAUUUGAAUGCCACUGUCCCCAUUGUAGAAGACGACACCGCUGUACUUACGGCCGAAGACAACAUUGCCGCACUCACGGUCGAAGAUCAUACUGCCGCGCCUACCACCAAAACCGCUACCGCUAAAGUCGUUGUCGAUCUUGCGCUUCUCGCCCGCGACGGGCGUAAGGACCGGAAGGACAGCGACCACGCCAAGGAGGUUUUCGUUAUGCCCACCAAGGAGACCGCUGGCGGUGUCCGCGGAAGCGCUCACAGGAUACCAGAGCCCGGCCUCACCGCCGACAAGGCCGUCACCGUCGGGGAGACCGCCGUCGCCGUCGAGACUGCCGUUGAGACUGUUGACCCUCGCUCCCGCGUUCUCCCUCCCCCCUCAGUCUUCAUGCAUCCGCCUCGCUCUCGCUCUCAGGAGCGCGUUCAAGGUUUCAUUGCGCGAUAA